UCAGUGCGCAGGCGCCCAUCCUAGUCGGUCUUCUCGUCCUGUAGACAGAGGGGUCGGCUACCAACAACUUCUGCUUCCGGUUCACGCCUUGACAGCGGCUUUCAAGACCCAGCUCAGCCCCCGCGGUUCGGCAGUUUGGAGCAUGUGAACACACUCUGAGCCUUGAUGAGUUCCAGUAUGUGGUAUAUUAUGCAGAGCAUUCAGAGCAAAUACUCUCUCUCAGAGCGCUUAAUCCGAACGAUUGCUGCCAUCCGUUCCUUCCCACAUGAUAACGUAGAGGACCUUAUCAGAGGGGGAGCAGAUGUGAACUGCACCCAUGGCACGCUGAAGCCCUUGCACUGUGCCUGUAUGGUGUCAGAUGCUGACUGUGUGGAGCUACUCCUGGAAAAAGGAGCUGAGGUGAAUGCCCUGGAUGGUUACAACCGAACAGCCCUCCACUAUGCAGCAGAGAAAGAUGAGGCUUGUGUGGAGGUCCUCCUGGAGUACGGUGCAAACCCCAAUGCCCUGGAUGGCAACAGAGAUACCCCACUUCACUGGGCAGCCUUCAAGAACAAUGCUGAGUGUGUGCGGGCUCUCCUAGAGAGUGGGGCCUCUGUCAAUGCUCUGGAUUACAACAAUGAUACACCACUCAGCUGGGCGGCCAUGAAGGGAAAUCUUGAGAGUGUCAGCAUCCUUCUUGAUUAUGGUGCAGAGGUCAGGGUCAUCAACCUAAAAGGCCAGACACCCAUCUCCCGCCUGGUGGCUCUCUUAGUCAGGGGACUUGGAACAGAGAAAGAGGACUCUUGCUUUGAGCUCCUCCACAGAGCUGUCGGACACUUUGAAUUGAGAAAAAAUGGUACCAUGCCACGAGAGGUGGCCAGAGACCAGCAGCUAUGUGAAAAACUGACUGUUCUGUGCUCAGCCCCAGGAACUCUAAAAACACUGUCUCGCUAUGCUGUGCGCCGUAGCCUGGGACUCCAGUAUCUGCCAGAUGCAGUGAAGGGCCUUCCAUUGCCAGCUUCUUUGAAGGAAUACCUGUUACUUGUAGAAUAGCCUGGAGGAGACCAUCGUGCACCAUCAUGCAGGCCACUAUGGGUGAGGUUUUUCUCUGCAGUACUGUCUCUUUGUCAUGGAAAACAGAAAAGCAGUUGUUCCUGUUGUAUGGUUUAUAGAUUUCGAGGCAACAUGUCACAACAGUAACCUCCACACCACCUCCCCACCCCAAACCAAGCAACCAAACAAGAAAAAAAAUCCCUCACUUUUUUCUGUUUAUUGCUUACUUGGCUUUUUACAUUGCACCCUGCAAAAGAGGUCUCCCCCCACGCUUUGCUUAGAGAAGCAGUCAACAGUGCCUGCUAAAUUUCUCUAGGAAGAUGGAAAGUAUUUAAAGAAUGUGUGUGUGGUUUUCCUUUGGGAACGUGGUUAAUGUUUCAGAAGAGUCCCUUCUAGAAAGCAUUUUAAUUGAUCUGUGAAGAAGUUUAAGAAAAAUCACAAUUUCAGCUAAUAACAAUUACAUCUCAAAAAUGAAGAUAAUGCAACUUCAAAUGGUGUGCAGAUUCAGAAUUGGGCUGGAUGAUAUCCCUAGAGUGCCAGGUAGUGGGGCAUUCAGAAGGGACUGGCCCCCUUUCCCCUCAUCAAAGGAAACAGGAAAAAAAAGUCUGCUUCUUGUCCAUGGGUGUGCCCAAGGGUUACAGUAGUUCAGCAGUGUUAUUUUAGAAAGAUUAACUUGCUGCUUUCCACAUAGAAGACACAGCAGGUUCUAAGCAGUCCUAAGAACUCCUCAAAGUCCUGAGAACUUUUCUUCCUGAAAGCUCUUUCUCUUCCUGGAAGCCCGUUUGCUCUAAUGGGCUUAAUAGGCAGUUCCUGCACCUUUGACUAAGGUGUUCAGCGUAGCAGGGAUGAGUUAUUUUUCUUUCAGUUGUUUUGGAACUUUUGCUUUUCAUUGAUCUGUACAAGACAUUGGUGGUGGGGUGGGGGUGUGGAGUUGGGAAGGGUGUGGGGAAAGAGCAUAUAAGAGCUUCUUUUGAGAUGGCCCACCUACCCAAAAAAGAUCUGUUUUAAUGAACAAUUCUUAGUCAACGAUUCUCUUUUCAUGUUUCUAAACUAGAUCAAGUUGUUAUUGAUCUUAGAUGACCUGGAUGCAAAUUUAAAAAACCCUUUUUUUAAAAGCUGAUUGGGAACUAGAACCAGAAUGAAUGGGAUCUGCUGACACCGCUCAUUUGAAAAAGAAUGUCUGCUUUGUCCUUUUGCUGUUGGUGUUUUUUGCCCAUUUAAAAAAAGAAGAAGAAAUAAAUAGUUCUAAAAGCAAGUUUGGCAA